AUGUUUCCAACCUUCGUCAGUGUUCUUUCAGAUAGAAAGUGUGGCAAGAACGAAGAGUUCAUGAGCUGUGGAACGGAAUGCGAACCGACCUGCAACGUGAUGUCCUCCAAGUGCACAGACAAAUGUUUGGAGAGUGUCUGUCAGUGCAAGAGCGGCUUCAAGAGAGGAGAGAAAGAUCAGAACACUGCUAAAACAUGUAGGGGAUUAAGAUAG